AUGUGGUCCCGACUUGCCGUGUGUGCUUGCUUGGUCGGUUCCGUUGCGGCCAUGUGUCCAGAUGAUCCGGAGGUGGACCUGUGCGAGGUAGAUGAACAGGAGACAAGUCACGGCGUCCGAAACGGAGCUUGGAUGGCAUUGCUCUUGCCCUUGGCUUCGACACGGCCCAGCCUCGCCACCGGCUUGGCCCUGGCAUUGGCCGCUGGCUCUGUCGGCGUGGAUGCUGUGACUUGCGGCGAGUUGAAGACCUUCUACAAGAACGAGCAGUGCUGCGGGCAGCCCACUCAAGAGGUCUCUGCUCCAGUGCCCGGAACCGCUGCCUGCCCGUACUCCUUCGCCAAGCCUGCUUGCUCCACUGCCGAACCUCAGACGCCUCGUGACCUGACGGCCGGCGCCGUCGGCUCAAUGACACCAAAGGCAGCGACCCUGACCGAUGAUCAGGCGAACUUCCUACCGCUGGUGAACGUGCACUUCCACCUGGGUGCAGAGCACAAGACCGAGGCAGGGCCCUGUAGUCCUGAGUCUUCUUCCGAACUGAGUCUGGUGCUCGCCAUUGAGGCGGCCUACAGUGACGACACGGACUCGAUUGCCUACGAUGCCGCCUCGUCAGGCCGACGACUUGCCGGAAACGUCCGGCCUGGGUUCAUGUGCAGCAAGAGCUCUCUGAACGCCAAUCAGCUGGCGGCCUACAACUUCACGUACUGCAACUUUGCUGCGGCGCUUCCUUUAGGCUUUGACCUGCUUUCCGGGAGCGCGCAUGUCGUUUUUAGCAAGGGCGACGUGCAGGUCGGCAAGUCCUACGAGAUCCACUACGUGCACUCCUCUGCGGGCAUGGACAACAACGCCACGGAUGACAUGAACGCAGACUUGCUGGCAGAUGGCCUGGGAGGUGCUGCCAACGGCCGUGGCCUCCUCAACCCCAUGAUCGUGGUGCAAGGGCAGAUCUUCCAGAUCGUGCAUGGUGCCGCAACAGUCGAUGACAUGCUGCACGGCUGGACUGUGGUUGGCCACGACAACUCCGUCAUGUACCCCGGGAGCACUACCGGUCAGAGCCACGACAACGAGGUGUGCUCUCCUUACUCCAUCACCUGGCAUGUGGACAAGGAUUGCCAUCAGGUCUCGCCCGAGUCCUUUGACAAUCUGUGCAAGCAGAUGAGUGAGGCCUACGGGAUGUACGCUGACCUUUACCCGCACGGCUCGCGCAAGCUGGUCUCCUCCCAGUACGUGGUGAAAUCCGAGUUCGUCAAACCCCUGGCGUAG